CGCCGAGCCGCAUACAAAACCAGGCGACGCUCGCCAGUAUUCAUUCAUUUCCAGUAGCAUUUGCCCUCCGAUAUCGAAAUAAUUCCAUCAGAGUAGUUAACAGAAAGAAAGAGUAACGACACCCUUCCUCUACGCAAAAAGUAAAAGCAAAGUUGAUCCGUGCUUUGACUCGAAUGUGGUUUGGAAUUGAUGAAAACUGAGAGUUCCUCUGGCACGAACGAACGUCUUCUUGAAUUAGACUUCCCGAUUAAUUUAUCCGGCAUCUUCCUGGGAACUUUGUAAUGAAUUGAUCGCACAAGACAGUAGGUGUAGAGAAAAGUUUCUUUGCCAUGGCUUGGGGAUACUGGAGUGCAACUACUGUGAGCGACAGGGGCAGGAGUCCGAGGAGGAACCAAAAUGGUUCGACGCCGCAGACGGUGCCCGUUACAGAAGAUCGGCCCGCCGUAAGCCAAAGCUACAGCUCCGGCGGAGGUGGUGGAAGCAAUGCUAACAUCACCAACGUCAGUAUGCAGCACCUAGGUGAACAACAACAACAACAUCAGCAGCAUCAUCAACAAGCUGGCAGCAUCGAGUUCGAGGUCGAGCCAAGCCUGUCUAGGCGGCCGUCGCUCGACCUCAGCAUCGGAGGUCCUCAGGGAUCCUUAGCUGGGAUCCUGUGCGCUGCCCACGGCUCCAGGUCCGGCACACUUUCCGCCGGUAAUACCUUAACUAGAACCGGCAGCAGACAUACAGCUAUCAGUAGCGUCGAUUAUGCCGUACCCCAUCACAUGCAUCCCCAUCACCAUCAUGCAGCUUACGUUGAAUAUCAUCAGACUCAGCUCAGUUUCUCAGACGACGAUUCCAGCUCCGAGCCUGGCUAUGCCACAGUGUUUCCCAAUGUACCUCCACCUGGAAUGCCAUGCCAAGGAGAAGAUCGGAGCAUAUACAGAAGAGGGGCGCGUCGCUGGCGCAAAUUAUAUAGAGUCAAUGGGCACAUAUUCCAGGCGAAGAGGUUCAACAGGAGGGCAUUCUGUGCUUACUGCAGGGAUCGGAUCUGGGGAUUGGGACGGCAAGGAUUUAAGUGUAUUCAAUGUAAGCUGUUAGUGCAUAAGAAGUGUCACAAGGCUGUACAAUCUCCGUGUACCAACGAAUUGGUUGAGCCUGUCGUUGGUAAAGAGGAUCAUAAUGGGGAAGCAUCUGCAGUUCGAGCUUCCUCAGAAUUGGUUGCCGAUUAUCCAGUUAUACCGCCAGACGUUACCGGUGAAUCGGUUCCAAUCGAGGAUCCAUCACAGCCGGCGGAUGAUUUGGAGCCAGGCACCCAGAGGCAAUACUCCGUGAAAGAUUUUGAAUUUAUCCGCGUUAUCGGACGCGGUUCUUACGCCAAAGUCUUGAUGGUUGAGCUGAAGAAAACUCGCCGGAUCUACGCCAUGAAGGUUAUCAAGAAGGCUUUGGUAACGGACGAUGAAGAUAUCGAUUGGGUGCAGACUGAAAAGCACGUUUUUGAAACGGCAUCAAAUCAUCCGUUCCUCGUCGGAUUGCAUUCGUGUUUCCAGACGCCGUCGAGGCUCUUCUUCGUCAUCGAGUUCGUCCGAGGCGGAGACUUGAUGUUCCACAUGCAACGUCAACGUAGAUUGCCGGAAGAACACGCUCGUUUUUAUGCCGCCGAGAUCUCCUUGGCGCUCAACUUCUUACAUUGCAAAGGAAUUAUUUAUAGGGAUUUGAAAUUGGAUAACGUAUUAUUAGAUCACGAAGGGCAUAUUAAAUUGACUGACUACGGGAUGUGCAAGGAGGGGACCCGUCCCGGCGACACCACCUCGACGUUCUGCGGAACGCCCAAUUACAUAGCUCCAGAAAUUUUGAGAGGCGAAGACUAUGGAUUUUCAGUGGACUGGUGGGCAUUGGGAGUGUUGCUUUACGAAAUGCUUGCCGGCAGAUCUCCGUUCGAUAUCGCCGGAGCCUCCGAGAAUCCUGAUCAGAACACAGAGGAUUUCCUCUUCCAAGUUAUCCUAGAGAAGACGAUCCGUAUUCCGCGCUCGCUGAGCGUAAAGGCAGCAAACGUACUUAAGGGAUUCUUGAAUAAAAAUCCGGCCGAUCGACUGGGAUGUCACAGCCACAACUCCUUUGUUGAGAUUCAGGAACACCCGUUCUUUAAAAGCAUCGAUUGGGAUAUGCUCGAACAGAAGCAAGUCCAGCCCCCGUACAAACCCCGCUUGGAUUCGGAUAGAGAUUUGGCUAAUUUCCCGCCAGAAUUUACAGAUGAACCCGUACUUUUAACCCCAGACGACCCACGUGUCAUCGAGAAGAUUGAUCAAUCCGAAUUUGAGGGCUUCGAAUACGUAAAUCCGUUACUGAUGUCUUUGGAGGACUGUGUGUGACACGACGUAUUGUGUGCCCUUCAUCCCAGUAAUCUACCGCCUCCGCCGCCCUUACCUAGAUAUCCACCACCGCUUUUCCCUCCUCCGCCACCACCAGAACUUGACGACUAUCUCCAAGUGGACAUGCGACCCAGCAAGUCCCUACUACAGAAUAUAUUCUGCCUUCCACUAAAUUAAAAAAA